AUGCCUAAACGAAAACGUCCACUGAACGUAAGAAGAGUACGUCGAAUCAAUACUGUUGAAAACGUAGAAAAGAAUGAUCACGAAGAAAUAACAUUCAUUCCAAAUCCGGAAGAUUCAGGUGAAUCUGAUUGUAAUGAUGGUAAUGAUUCGUCCUCCAGUAUUGAUAGAAGUGACACAUCCACUGAUGACGAAGGUGAUGAAGAUCACCAUACGAUUCAACCGGUUCAAUCAUACCGGAAAGUAUCAGAAAAUUAUAAUGUCAAUCAAAAGAAUCUGGAAGAUGGACAUGAAUAUCGAUGGGUUGAUGGUGAGGCUAAAUAUAAUGAUGAUUUAUUGAAUAUCGUCUUGCCAUCAGAAAAAGAUAAAAAAAAUAUAUUAGCUAGUUCACCAACAGAUUUGUUUGAGAUGUUCUUUUCUGAAACAUUGAAGAAGUACAUCAUCGAUGCUACUACAGAACACGGAUAUCAGUUGACUCGUGAUCGCUUAGAUAAAUUUUUAGGCGUCAUCAUAUUCACUACGUUCAAUAAGAGAUUAUCGCAAAGAGAUUAUUGGUCCACGAAUCCCUUAUUGAAAUCUGAUGUUGUCAUGUCAGCUUUGUCACGGCAAGAAUUUAAACGAAUAAAAUCGCACAUAAAGUACCACAAAUUGGACGAUGAAAACGGAAAUGAUAAAAUAUGGCGUGUCCGUCAUAUUAUGGACAUUUUCAAUGAAAAUAUCAAGCGUUUCGUUUUUUUUUGUACAGCUCUUUGUGUUGAUGAGAUGAUGCUGAAAUUUUAUGGUCAAAUAAGUUUCAAACAAUUUAUAAAAUCAAAACCGAUACGAUUUGGCAUCAAAGAAUGGGCGUUAUGCAGUUCAAACGGUUAUCUCUUUCACUGUGAAAUUUAUUGCGGAAAGAACAAUAAUGAUGAUUUUCUACCAAAUUGUGCCCAAGGCAGCCGGGUAGUAAUGCGUAUGCUUCAAAAAUUUCUACUUGACAUUCCUCCUCGGAAAGUACUCCAAUACCACAUUUACUUCGACAAUUUAUUUUGUUGUCCUGAUUUAUUGGUGCAUUUGAAAAAACUGAAUUUGCGCGCGACAGGCACUGUCCGGAAAAAUAGAAUAAAAGAGACUAACGAUAUCGAUGCAAAGGCUCCCAGAGGAACGUUCAAAGUAAAGCACGAUCAGAAUAGUGGUAUAAACUUUAUCACUGUUGUGGAUUCAAAACCAGUAUCUAUUCUGUCUACAGCUGCUGGUAUUACACCCGUUUCAGACGUAACGCGGUAUGACAAGAACGCGAAAGAGAAAAAAACAAUAUCCUUCCCUAAUGCGUUCAAAGUUUACAACAGCUUCAUGGGUGGAGUAGAUUUACAAGACCAAUACUGUCAUAAACUGAUACCAAUAGUUCGAUCGAAGAAAUGGACCUAUCGAAAGAAUUUACAGCUUAACGUUCAGGAAUGUAAGGAAAUAGUCGUCAGGGGCGUUGAAUAUAGCAAAGAGGAUCGUUUAGUGAUUCACCAAAAAGGAUACCAGCACGUAGCUCUAGAGAAUGAUGGAACGGAAAUUGACGAUGAUGAGAUUCUUUUAGAUUUCGCCAAACUUUCGAUAACUGCGCUCGAUUUGAUACUUCUGCCAGAGCAUACAACAUGGCAACCAUUAUCCUAA